AUGAAUGAAAGCAACAUCUAUCAAAACAUAUUGAAUAAAAAGAAAGGUUUAGAAAAUUAUUCUUCGGAGAAAAUUGAAAUCUAUGCAAUGCUAAGAUUCAGACUACAUAAAUCUGUAAAGAUUCUAAAAGUUAUCUCUGAAAGACAUUUGGUAAGGCAAAAGGAUGGUGAAAACAGGCAAUUUCCAUUGAACACCACAGCAAUUUCAGGGGUAGAAGAAGCCGUUUGGGAUUCAUGUACAUCUGUGAUGAUCCCAUGCGAUAUAUAUUUUGGGGUAGUUCAAGAAUCAAAAUGUUAA